AUGAGCCAGCAAUUCUCCUGGGGCUCGUCAAGACAGCAGCAGAGCGGGCGCCGUGGACUGACCCCAAUAUCAACCGCGUUCAACUCUGGCGCUCCAUCCGCCAGCCCUUCGCGCAACGCUUUCUCGCCUUCGCAAACCAGCUUCCCCGCGAUACAGCCCUUAGCCAGCAGACACGUCGCCAGUCGCGCCUCGUCCUUCUCGUCGUCCUCCCCCUUCUCGCCAACCAACACCGGAUCGCAGCAGCCGCCUUCGAACCAGCUGCUGUCGUCCGGAAGACCAAGGACGAUAGCGCCACCGGGCAACCCCAGUUCAGCUUCCUCCGCCGCCGCUGUGCCUACCGCGUCGCAAGGGGGUGGAGGUGCUUCGAGCAGCGGCGGAGGGGGCUCCAGGCUUGCGCGAGGUUCACCUUCACUCUCGCAAAACAGCAACAUCGGAUCGCCCAGCAGCUUAAGCAACCCUUCAUCUGCCGCGCCCGGCCAGUCGCUGUCUAAGAUUGUCAUUGCGCAAAUAUUUGUGCUGCUGAGCACAAUCAGAGACGACAAGGAUAAAGCGAAGUGGGACAGCCAGGCCGACCAGAUACGAAAGCUGAUCGAAUCGUGCGGCAUGGACGUCUAUGCCAAGUACUUCCGUCGCCUUCUCUCCAACAACGCGGCUCAAAUAUUUCCAGGCGCUGGCCGUAGCAGCGAUGCCUCUGGUAGCUAUAGGUUGCUAGUAGAAGAGAUGCAGAAGAUCACGACGGACACACAACAAGCUUACAAGAUCGCCGAGUCCAUCGAUGGCCCUGAGGCCGAUCUGUUCAAGGAUUUCGAUCUUUCAGCUUUCAUGGAGCACUUCAAACUCGACCCGUUGGCUAGGACAGCUUUGGCGCUCGCACUCAAGACCGCUUCAAAACCCGACUUGAGGAUGAAAGCAGCGGACGCCAUCCUUACGAAUAACCUCGAGAACUUCCUUGCCAUAGCUCUUCCUCCGUACGAUCACUCACAGGUGGAUCUGCUCCCCUCUUUCGUCGCAUCGGUACUGGAACGCCUCAUUCAAUACCCUCCACGGAGCUGGAGUGACGAGGACAAGCUCGAAUUGGUGAAGGUUGUACGAAGUCGUUAUGCAAAGAACGGCAUGCUAGUACCCACCGAGGUCGCCGCUGCCUUGUACGUAGUGGAACUCGUAGGGCCUCAAAAUCCUCUUGUUCGGCUAGUUCAGCGCACAGGGCCCCGAGGUACCUCCAGUCUCGAAGCUUGUCGAGACCUGUUGGCUUCUGCGGAAAUACGCGACAUCAGCUAUCAGCAGGUUGCAAGUGUGCUUCUCUACAUGGUCAUUGCGCAGGACGGCCAAGCUUACAAUGCUGGCACUUUCGUUGCGGCACUUCGCGAGCACCGUGCUGGUCAGCGCCUCGACUGGCAGGACAUUGUCGCUUCUUUCGACCGCGAGGACUUGAGAGUGACCAAGUCUCAAUUUCUCGCUUUGUACAAUGCGCUGCUGCCUUUGGCGACAGCGUACGAGAACUUCGAUAUCCAGCGGCUAUGGGGCGGUGAUUGGCAGUACGGCGACACUCAGUUGUCUUUCGUCGUUGCUUUUCUUUCGUGCUCUCCGGAAGAGUUGGACGCUUCGCAGAUUCCUCGGUUACGCGCCGCUUACUCGAUGGAUAUGUACGAGGACGCGCCGGAAGACGUCAAAGCCUACGCUAGCAGUGCGAUAAGACAUCCUUUCGUCUCGCUUGACGCGACGUCCAUGCUGUUCACCACAGUUUUCCGGUCACAGGAGACAUACAACCAAGCAGCUAGCAUGAGGAUCCCCAACACGAUCAUCAACCCGCACACCCAGAUGUUCACGGUGUCUGCGGCUGCAGUACCGAAGCCUUGGGGCGGCGUUCAAGAGAUGGCGUUGAAGCAACUAUUAGAUCCAUUUGUGGAAAAGACACUACCGAACCACGGCUUCGUCCUUCAUGGACUAUGGAAAGCCGACCACCACUGGCUUGCGCAGAGACUCAUUGAGAAAUACAUGCAAUCUCCAUUGGUACUUCUGCCGAUCUUUGAGCAUGCGCAGGAGCUUGGCUGGUUAGAUUCCUUGAUCGCGCUCAACAGUGAUAUGAGUGUAGACCUUGCUGCUCUUGCGCAUGGCCAGGAUCUGUUCGACCUCGAUGCCUGGCUAGAACAAAUGUUUCUGCAGCUUCCACAGGUUUUCCCCCGCAUUCUUCUUACGUUCCUGACCACCAAAGGAGAAGAUGAAUUCCGGAUUUUGCGAGAGAAUGAGCCACCGAGCACUGUACCCUUGCUGGUCAAGACCGUCUAUCCGCUACUGAGCUCUCUACAGGGACAUCUUUCCGAUGAGGAACUGGUCAAGCUACAACGUGACUGCAUGCAGCGUUACCCAAGGCUUAUCAACUACGGUGAAGGCUUCGACGAUAUUAUCAAUGCCAACGGCAAAAACGGCAACGCGAUGUCUCCCGAGAUUGACGCACAGAUGCAGGAGCAUUACAAGAAGAUGUAUGGCGGUGAAAGCGAGGUCCGUGAGGUCGUUGAAGUUCUUCAAAAAUACAAGACCUCGGAAGAUCCUGUGGAACAAGACUUGUUCGCUUGCAUGAUUCACGGGUUGUUUGAUGAGUACAGCUGCUUCGGUGAAUAUCCUCUCGAGGCACUAGCGGUCACCGCGGUCUUGUUCGGGAGCAUCAUCAACUACAACCUGCUCUCACGCAUCCCACUUCAGGCGGCCUUAGCAAUGGUUCUUGAAGCGGUUCAGGAAUUCAAGCCCGCGACUACCAUGUACAAGUUCGGGCUACAAGCGCUUCUUCACUUCAAGAGCCGAUUGCAAGAAUGGCCUAGCUUUUGCGACCGUCUCUUGCGCGUGUCGGACCUCCGAAAUACCGAGAUUUGGGAAGUCGCGCAAGAAGUCGUGCGAAGCCAACACGGAAGUGACGCCUUGAAUGGCGAUACACGAAACGGUAUGCCACACAGCAACGGCAACGUCGAUCAGUUUCCACCACCCGAACCAAUGUAUCCUCCAUUCUCUUGCCUCAACGUGGAUCCCCCCGUCCGAGGGGACUUGUACGAAGAACCGGAUGAGGAUGUACAAGAUAAAGUUCUCUUCGUUCUGAACAAUGUGUCCGAACGCAACCUGAAGGACAAACUCAAAGAUCUGAGAGAAGCAUUAGAGGAAAAGCAUCAUCAGUGGUUCGCAGGCUACCUUGUGGAGGAGCGGGCAAAGAUGCAGCCAAAUUUUCAACAGCUCUAUCUCGACAUGCUCGAACUGUUCAAUGACAAGACGCUGUGGGCUGAGGUCCUUCACGAAACCUAUUCAUCAGUCAUCCGAAUGCUGAACUCGGAUUCCACCAUUACUUCUUCCACCGAGCGAACACAUUUGAAGAACCUAGGCGGAUGGCUUGGAUCCCUCACCAUCGCUAGGGAUCAACCAAUAAAGUUCAAGAACAUCUCGUUUAAGGAUCUGCUCAUCGAAGGUCACGAUACCCAACGGCUAGUCAUCACGAUACCCUUCACAUGCAAGGUGCUGCUACAAGCGGCGAAGUCUAAGAUUUUCAAACCGCCCAACCCAUGGACCAUGGAGAUUAUACGCCUGCUGCUGGAGCUGUACCAUUUUGCCGAGCUGAAACUCAAUCUCAAGUUCGAGAUCGAGGUGCUCUGCAAGGGCCUAGACCUCGACUACAAAACCAUUGAGCCAUCUGAGAGCAUCCGCUCCCGUCCAGUUCCGGAAGACGAGCUUCUUGGUCCAGUCGUUCUAUCUGAGGGCCCGGACGGGUUCGGGGAUUACUCACUCAUGAACCUCAAUCGCGCCAGAGUACCGAGCGAACGCUUCACGCCUGCUGCUAUUGCUGCCAGUUUGCCAGAUAUCGCAAACCUGCUUGUGAUCCCGCCUACCUCCACCAACUUGAUUCCGCCUGCACGUAUGACCCAGGUAUACGCUUACGCUGCCCAGCAAGCGGUAGCUGAGAUCAUUGGGCCAGUUGUUGAACGCUCAGUAACGAUCGCGGCUAUCUCAACGGCGCAGUUGGUGAUCAAAGACUACGCAACAGAGCCGGAUGAAGAUCGCUUCCGACUGGCCGCUCAUAGCAUGGUCAAAUCUUUAGCUGGCUGCCUAGCGCUAGUAACGUGCAAGGAACCCCUCAAGAUGAGCAUGCUCAACAGCAUCCGCUUGGCUGCGCGAGAGCUCCCGGAGCAAGCGUUGCCAGAAGGAUCUAUACUCAUGUUCGUCAAUGAUAACCUCGAUCUUGUCUGCAGCUAUGUCGAGCGCGCAGCUGAAGAGCAGUCACUUCCUGAGAUUGACGCGCAUAUUGAGGAUGGCAUUCGUGCGCGAAGGCACCAUAAUAGCACUCGCCCCAACGAGCAGUUCAUGGAUCCGCUUGUCAGCCGGUGGGCUGGGUACAUCCCAGAGCCCUACCGCCAAGGCCCAAAUGGUUUAAAUCGCGAACAGCUUGCUAUCUUCGAAGAUUUCGGCCGCCAAGUACGAGGAUUGCCAGGCCAUGCCAAUGCUGCUUCGCAGGAUAGCGGACGCCAGGUUCUCGACCUACUCCAGGAUCACUUCCCUCCUAUUCCAAACCUAGCAACCCCUGCCGAAGGCCCAGUUCUGACCCGCGCAGGGAUUCAGCAAGUGUCUCGUAUGCAACCAACGCCGGCUGCCCAGCUCUCCCAAGCUCAGCCCCAGAUCAACGAUUACAUUGAUGCUCAGAGCGUUGUAGAACGCAUACGCGAGCUCUUCGCGGAGGUGCAGCACGCCGCACGGGAAGCGCCAGAAGAGCAUAUCGAGGACAUGCCGCCGACUGCACCGACUCGCGCUGCCUUUCAUCAACUCCUUGUUGCCCUCGCAAGCUCCGGAUCCCAGCUUGAUACGGUUUCCGAGGCGCUGGCUCACUUUAUCUUUGAGUACAUCUACAAUGAAGCCGAGCGCCGCUUGGAAGUUGAAGUGAUGGUGCGGUUGCUCGGCAAUGUCUGCGAUAUCGCUGUCAAGACUGGGAAGCGAGUCAUGACCUGGCUGGCGAACUUGGAUGAACGCAAGUUGUUCAACGUCACGGCCACUAUCUGCUGGCUGAGCAGCGGCUUACUGACCAUUGAUCGUGUCGAUCAGUCUGUCGCCAAAGCGUUUGAUGAUCGCAAUGUCGCAGCUGCGGAAUUCCUGUCGGCUUUGAUGGACGAGCUGCUCCUUACCGGGCAGCCUGGUGUCCUCCGUGCAGACCUGGUGAGGUCUCUGGGAGCCUUGACCCGUUGGCUCAUCGAAGACCCACAGCUUGAGGUCGGCAAGCAGAUCGUCUCGAAACUACAAGUUCCUGCAGAUACGCUUCCUUCGCCUGCGUACUCCAAUAAGCAGGAUCAACUCGAAUACCUUUUCGACGAAUGGAUCCACCUCCAACGCAGGGAUGCUCCGGAGAAAUCCAUCGCGGCGUUCGUCCGCCAGCUGCUUCAGUCAGAGGCAAUGAGCACACGGGAAGCUUCUAUGGACUUCCUUCGUGUCUGUAUCGACAAAUCGGUCGAGGUCUACGAGACCGACGAAGCCUACCUGCCGCCACGUCUGGCCCCUCAUGACGCCUAUACCCACAUCGAUGCUCUUGCCCAGCUAGUCGUGUGCUUAGUUGUCUACCGAGGCGAGCCAGAAGGCACUGACAAGACGGACAAACCUACGUAUUUCGAGGGGAUUCUCAGCUUGAUCGUCUUGAACCUCUGCCAUCAUCAGAACAAGCGCGGCGAAGAUUUCAAUCAGAAGGUCUUCUUCAGGCUAUUCUCGAGUAUUCUGUGCAGCCUUCGCAGUGCCGCGGAGGCCCUCGCUGGGUUGGAAGACGACAUGAUGAACGUUAUGGGACGGGCGUUCUUAGCGCUUCAGCCCAACUACUUUCCCGGUUUCGCUUUUGCAUGGCUUUCCCUGAUUUCGAACCGCAUCUUCAUGCCUGCCAUGCUCAAUCAGGGCGAGCAGAGCGAACAAAGCGGUCUGGAUAUCUACGUUAAGCUUUUCGAAAUACUGCUAGCCUACACCGGGGGUCUCUUGAAGCCGAGUCAACCGUCGGGCGCUGCGGCAAACUUUCAUCGAGGGGUGCUCAGGGUUCUCUCAGUCCUGUACCACGACUUUCCGGAAUUCCUGGCCGAAAAUCACUUCCAAUUAUGCAAUGCGAUUCCGGCCCACUGUCAUCAGCUCCGCAACAUUGUGACGAGCGCAUAUCCCUCUUUCCUCGCAACUCUUCCGGAUCCUUUCUUCUCUGGUCUUCGAGUCGAUCUUAUCGACGACGUUAGGUCCGCGCCGAGGAUCCUCGGAGACUUCAAGAGCCCGAUUCGUGAAGCCAAGAUACAGGAGACAGUCGAUAAGCUUCUGGUCAGCGAUGAGAUCGACUCCGCAGAAGUUGACAAGAUCUGCCAAGCGGUGUAUAACGUCCAGCGUAAGGCAACAGCCUUCCAGAACGAGCCGAUCAACGUCAACACCGUCUUACUCCAUGCUCUCGUCCUCUAUAUCGGAACUAAGGCCAUUCCCACCCCAUCCGAUGCCGGCUCGUCCUUUGAUAGUUCGUCAGCAGGUGUCAAGCUCCUCGAGCAGCUGGUCAUGACGCUCUCCAUCGAGGCCCGGCACUACUUCCUCGGCGCCAUCACGAAUCAGCUCCGCUGGCCCAACAGCCAUACCUACUUCUUCAGCUGCUUCAUCAUGCAUCUUUUCAGAGCCCGCCACCAGGACGCUCAGGCUCUUCAAGACGUCCAGCAGCAGAUUACUCGCGUGCUGAUCGAGCGCAUGGUGGUUGCGCAUCGUCCACACCCGUGGGGACUGAUGGUGACCUUGGUCGAGCUUUUGCGCAACCAGGCGUUUGGAUUCUGGGAGUUGCCGUUUGUGAAGGCGGCGCCAGAGGAGGAGCAACUGAUCCAGAGUGUCUUCGCUCUGAUGCACCAACGGAAUGCGGGAAUAGCCUGA